CUUUCUUUCAACUCGAGUAUUGCCCUUAUUUUCUCUUUCUUUUCCUUUUAAGUUCUCUUUUUCGUCAAAGCUCAAAUUUUUAUACCUCGAGCUAGUAUUCAAGGCUUUAAUUGCUUUUUCAUUGGUUCAAGUCCACGGGUCUCAUAUUCCAGUCUUUCAGUCGAGCAGCCUUUCUUUUUUGAAACUGAUUACUUGCUUAUUUGGGACGGCAACAGUUUAUUUUUUUAGGCUAUUCUUUCCCUCUUCCGUGCACAACAGACUACUUGGUAUCUUUUUAAAACACACAGAGAAUCGAUUCACGUAGUGUCCGCUCAACCCAAUUUCUUACCAUUCGGCUAUACGCAGAUCAACUUAUCACAUUUUAUCGUUAACAAUAUGAACGCUACCACUACUACCACUACUAUUACUACAACUGCUACCGCUAACACCAAUAGAAAUAAUUCAUCCAAUCCAAAUUCAAGCCGAAAUCAAUUUGUGGAACGUACAUCUAGUAACAAACUUAAUCACCAUCAUCAAUAUCGUGGCAAUAACGGUACGGACACCGGUACUGCUGUCGAAGGACAAGGAUUCCAACAAAUUUGUGAACCAUGUCGACGUAACCCGAGUCUGAAUGGAAAGAAGGGUGUCAUCUGUAAUGGACAAAAGCCUUCUUGUGACCUAUGUUUGGCCACUUCACAACCCUGCACUUAUAGCAGUAGCUUUGAGCAACAACAACAACAACAACAACAACAACAACAACAACAACAGCAUCCAAAUUUUAAUAUUCAGCAUCAUCAUGCAAGAGGUGUCUUUUCUACAAAUAUGGCCAGAAGACUUAGCUCUGGUUCUGCCUGUGAAACAUGCCGAAGACGUAAAACCAAAUGUGAUGGACUUAAUCCUUGUAGCUAUUGUGCCAACAACAAUAUCGAAUGCAUCAAUAAUUCCGAACGUCGAAAGCGAGCUACCUCUGCUAUCUCUUCCUCACUAUUGGCGCCGCGCUCAAGUAAAAGUAGCAAUACAAGUUCAGCCACAGGCAAGAAUCAUCAACAUCGAUUGGUAGCUUCCUCGUCUUCUGUUACAUCACGCUCAGCAACAACAACAACAACAACAACAACCACAACCACAACAGCAAAGGCCAAUGGCAAUAGUAGAUCAUCACAAGCAGCACUCGCAACAGCAACCAUGCCUGUGGCGGAUAAUAAUGAUCAAAUUGAGGAUGCGCAAGCAAUCGAUCGCAUCGAAGAUCGUUUAAGGAGAAUAGAGCGAUUGAUGACGGCAUUUACGCCUUCUACAAUAGGAGCAGCAACAGGUCCAGCCGAUUUGGAUCGCACGAGGACGACAUCCCGGAUGCGAAAACUGUCAUCGCCUGUCUAUCAUCAUCAGCAACAGCAACAGCAUCAAGACAUUUCUAUGCAACAACGGCAUUCUAUACAUAGCCUUGCGGUUGAUAGUAGAAUGAAGUGGAAGGAGCAACAGCAGCAAAUUACCUCAACAUCUUAUCGUCAAAGUAAGUUUGAAUAAGAAACAAACACUAUUUUCACUUUAAAGAACUCUUGACUGAUAAGUUGGCCCUUUCUUUCUUUUCUCCUUUCCUAUGAAUGUUAGGUAUUGCGCCUUAUGCUUCACCACCCAAUAGCAAUGGCAGUAACAACUACAGAUACACAUAUUCAUCAGCAACACCCAAUGCCGCUCCUGGUAUGAAUGGUACUACAGCUACAGUCACUACUUCUCCACCUUCUUCACCUCAUUUAGCAGUAAACAACAACAACAACAACAACAACAAGUCUUCUAUAUCAACCAACAUGGCAAACUCUAUGCUCAACUUAUCUUUAUCGCCUUCUUCUUCUUCGACAUCUUCAACACUUGUCGUACAGCAGAUAGCUACACCUACAGCUCCCAUCACUUCAGAGUGGCGAAAGUCGCCACCUAUUCCAAGUCUAAUGGGUAAGGAAAAAUAAAUGUUUUAUUGUAGUAUUUAUCACAACUA